CCCUGAUUCCUUCUUCAAGCUCUCUCUCUCUCAGCCAUCUAAAUAUUCAAGCCACAUGGAAGCGCCUGAUUUCGAGGCGCAUCGUAGUCAACCUCAUGCAACCUCAAUUCAAAGUUUCUUUGCCUUCUGUCCCUCACAGAAAACAUACACAUCUGCAGCAGCUCACCUAAACAUGCAGUCGUUGGAAAUUGCUGGAAACCGCAGCGUGCAACACGGAAACUCAUCUCAGCAUCCUGAUUCCAGCACAAAUUUCUCCAGCAGAUUGUCCCUCAACUCUCAAGUCCAUUUCCCAUUCCAUUUAUUCUCUCCAGACUCAUCAUCUCUCAGUACUGAAGAUGAAGGAAGAGAAUACCAACCAAGCAUUGUUGAUGACAAGAGGCUUAGGAGAAUGAUAUCUAACAGAGAAUCCGCACGAAGAUCAAGAAUGCGAAAGAAGCAGCAAAUUGAAGAGCUCCAGUCACAGGUUGAUCAACUUCAAACAAUUAAUCGUCAGCUUUCACAAAAGCUCAUCAAUCUGCUGGAGAGCAACCACGAGAUCCUCGAAGAGAAUGCUCAGCUCAAAGAGAAAGUUUCUACCCUUCACAUGGUGCUUGCCGAUGUGCUGACACCUCCGAGGAAUCUGGAAGAUACCUCCCUCGAACAUAAAUCAGCUUCUUAGAGAUGAGGCCGCAAUUCAAUCGACUCUUUUGCAAGUUUCCUGGAUUGACUCCUUAAUCCUCGACAUAUCAUAUAUAAUAAUAGAGUUUGUGCAUUCAGCUGUUGAGUGGAAGGAAUAGAGAAAUUCAGGGUAGAAAAUCUCAAGUAUGAGGCUGGGAGAUGAGUCUGUGCUGCAAUAACAAAAAGGUUACAGUUAAUGUGUGAGAGGACCUGCCAUCAAUAGAUUAAAUGCUAGU